AUGCUGAUAUGGAAGCAUGCACCAGGUAUUGAACUCAAGGUUGGCUCAAUCUCUGUGUUUAACGGUGGCGGAAUCAUCAUUGGCAGCGAGGAGUGCAGGUUCAAGUACCGCACGACCAUCACACUUACAGGCUACUCACAGGACAAAGAGCCACGCAUCAACUUGUUUGGAAAGAACUAUGGUCAGAAGGUCAUUGCCGUGGCUAAGGGUGGGACGAUCGAGAUGCAUGGAGAGGUGCGAUAUCCGUCUUGGACACGUCUGAAUGUGACGGCACAGGCCAGCAACCCAUCUGACAUUCUCGGACCCAUAAUCACACUGGCAACGAAUGUGACAUGGCAACCUGGGGACAAGAUUGUAAUCUCAUCAACGGACUAUGAUCAGUUCCAAACAGAACAGAAUGAGCUGUUGCCUUGUACUCAGUGCGCGGCAAAUCAAGUUCGUCUGCGCAACCCGCUAGUCUACAUGCACUGGGGCACAAUCACCAAGGGAGUGGACCAGCGAGCUGAAGUCGGCCUGCUCACGCGAAACAUCUUAGUACAGGGCAGCAUGGAGGACACAAAGUGCGUGUCAACCGAGAUGGUCUGUCACUUCUUUCCCAACUAUUCCUUUGGCGGCCACAUCAUGAUCACGGGUGGCUUCACAAACGCACACUUUCAUGGCGUUGAGCUGUUCAAUGUGGGCCAGCCACACGAGAUAUCGCGAUACCCUAUCCACUUUCACAUGGUCGGCCGAGUCGAUAAACUCGGCGGAUACGACCGGCCCGCCUACAUUCAGGACUGUGGGAUCCACCAAUCAUACAGUCGAUGCAUCGUACUUCACGCGGUGCACGGAUUGCUAGUCAAGAACAAUGUGGCCUACGAUCAUAUUGGACAUUGCUUCAUGUUGUGCGAUGCCAUCGAGACCAACAAUGUGCUGGACAAUAACUUGGGACUGCUGACCAGACAUGGCCUGCUCACACCACCCGAUCGCAACUGUGACAUGUGUACCCGAGUCGCCCCAUUCGACUUCAAUGGCUACGCCACAAGUUGUACCGAGUGCAAUGCAGUAUCCACAUUCUGGAUCUCCAAUCCCAACAACACUGUGACCAACAAUGCCGCGGGAGGCUCGGCUAUCACUGGCUUCUGGUACCUCUUUCCUGACUUCCCCUCGGGUGAGUCUGCCGUGGAGGGUGUGCUCCAGCACAUCAGACCAGUGUUCACUGUUGUGGCCCAGUUUGAGAACAACACCUGUCACUCCAAUCAGGAUGGAAUCAUCAUUGAUCAAGGACUCAAGUUGACCGUGCCAUCAGCUGAUCAGCCUCAACAGUAUAUCUCAAUGAACAAUAAUCGAUAUAAGCCAAGGGAGGACUCGACCGACUUUGACUCACCCGCUGCAACAUCCGUGUUCAAGGGUCUCACCACGUACAAGAACAGGUGGAGAGGGGGAUGGGCGCGGGGUGGCAGUCUUGUCUUCUCCCACUGUGCAUUCGCAGACAACGCCAUUGGAUUCACACUGGCCAGCGAGGGCAACUUCCCCGAGGACCCAGGACAGACACAGAUCAUCGAGAACUCAGUGUUUGUCGGCGAGUCAGACAACAUUGGACAGGCGUCAUCAUGGAUACCGGCAAGACGUGGUCGAUCCAACCCUUUUGGUGAGGAUGGUAACAUGCCGAUCAGAGGUUUCGAAGCGUAUGAUGGCACAAACAUGCUAGUGAAUGUUACAUUCAGGUCAUUCAUGAAAGAUAGCACACCGAGGAAUAUAAGUGCAAUCGGAUGGUUUAGAUUCAAUGAUUGGCAGACAUCAGUUAAAUCAUAUCUCAAGGGUAUCACCUUUGAAGAUGUCACUCUUCGAUUCCAUCUCGAGAGUUCCCUUGUUGAUGGUGACAAAAUACAAACAAUCAAAGACCUGGAUGGAUCAUCAACUGGCAUAGCAGGUGCUGUAUUGACUCGUCCAUAUUCAUACUACCAGACAUCAAACUGUUUGAUGAUGGAGAAUUGGAAUGCAUUGUUAUGCCAAGAGAAUGCAACACAGUUCUAUUUGUUUAAUCCAUCGACAGAGAAUACUGUUUAUAAUGGAAGGGAGACAUCUCUUACAUUUGUACGAGAUGAUUACUUUGACAAUAGUAUCAACUUGCUUGGUAUACCCAAUCACAAUCCAAGGAAUCACUUCCUUGGUCUUGGAUUCAAGGGCUACAGAUAUACCCUGCACUUUGAAGCACAUCCACAUCCACCCCAAGUGUACAUCCAGGCAGUCAACUGGGACAAGGGCGACAAUAUGACAUUCGGAUCAUGUGUUGGUCUCAACUCGAUCAUCAACAUCACGGUCGAGAAGGUCAUUGGCCAGACGCUCGUUCAUGAUCUGCAGCCCGUCCACUCAUUGCAAGAUGUGGACGCCUUUCACUAUUUCUACAAUCGCCCCACCGGAAUGCUGUACACUCAGUUGACACUUGACUCUGAGAGACCUGGCUACUAUUACUGUCCACUCAAAGGAUGUGAACAGCUCAGAAUCACCUUGGUCCAGGACAGGAGCAAUCUACACAAUUGUGAUUGUCGCACUGCACUAUAUGGCCAAUCAUUGACACUGUUUGACGAGGCCAUCAAUCCGAUGUUCAUUGGAAACAGUACUGACGGCGCAAAGAUAGUCAACAAUCAAUCGAUGGCGCUCAAUGGAAAGAAGUUCAUUUCGUUCCAACCAUCGCCAGGCAAGUUCAUCAGGAUACUCUGUCGAAACAAGUCAUGUAUUGUGGCGCCAUCAAUCAAGUAUUUUGAACUGUGGGUUCGAGGCAGUUCACUUGGACAGAGUUUCAACAUCAGUUUGAUCUCGCCUGGCAAACCAAGCAUCCUACCGCCAAUGACAAUCACCUCACGAGACAUCAUACCAAACUAUUGGAAUCUGAUGAGAAUUGAAAUGGAAACAUUAGUUUCUGGUAAGAUCACUGACAAGGACAACAUAUUCUUCACGGGUAUUCAACUUUCCAGCUCAGACAACAACGCCAUCAUCAAAGGACCCAUCUUCUUUGAUGACAUAAAGUUCGUCUAUCAAAGCUAA